AUGGCAGCGGCAUCAUCAUCGUCAUCUUUCUUUGGCAUGAGAGAAGAAGAUCUUCAUCAUCAGAUGAAGCAGCAGCAGUCUUCAUCAACACCACCUUCUUCUGCAGCUGCUCCGCCGACAGCCCCCCAGAAGAAAAAGAGAAAUCUUCCUGGAACACCAAGCAAGUAUCUACACACCAGCUCGUCAUACUUAGUCAUGUCUCGCUCCUCUUGAUUCCAAAGUAAUUUCGUCGGAAGGAAGAUAUCUCUACGUGUGGCUGCAUGAGUGGUUUUCUCAAAUCCAUUUCAUUCCAUGGUUUUCUUCUCAGGCCUUCAAAUCUCUGAUUAAAAGAAAAGGCCCACAAUCUCUAUCAUUGGAGUUGGAGCAACGGCCCUCCUCAAAGGAUUUUUUUUUCGUACUUUCAUUCUUCUUAUCUCUCUUACACUCAUCAAAUGAUCCCAUCUUCGAUUGCCCCAAAUCCAAGCGAGUUUCCAAUAUCUUCUUGUGUUGAUGAUGGCCGCCAUCUAUUUUAUUCUAGUAUCAUUCCAAAUCAACUCAGGUGAACCCAAGACAAUUGAAUUCUUCCUCCUGUUGAGUCCUGUUGAGUUUUUUCUUCUUAUUUAAACUGUACGGACUUCAUGUUUCUCUCUUAUUUCACGGCUUAGUUGGAAAAAGUUCGUCUUUUAUUAGACUUAUAGAAACCAUAUCUCUUCUAUCUCUUCUCGUCACUCCAUCUAAAUUAUUCUUGUUCGUGUUUCAAUCUUAUUUCACAAGUACAUGGAGAAAAUCCCUCCUCCAACCCAUCAGAUGUUUUUCUCUCUUCCAUCUCUUCUCUCCAUUGUAUCUGGAUUGUUCUCCUGCAUUAUUUACCGGUGAAUUUCAAUAUCGAUCUCAAAAAACUCACGCUGAAGAAUCAUCCACAGAUCCGGACGCGGAGGUGAUAGCUUUGUCGCCCAAGACUCUGAUGGCGACGAACAGAUUCAUAUGCGAAGUGUGUAACAAGGGCUUCCAGAGGGAGCAGAAUCUGCAGUUGCAUCGGAGAGGCCACAACCUUCCCUGGAAGCUGCGGCAGAAGAGUACAAAGGAGGUGAAGAAGCGGGUCUACCUCUGCCCAGAACCCACCUGCGUCCACCACGACCCGUCCCGCGCCCUCGGUGACCUCACCGGCAUCAAGAAGCACUACUUGAGGAAGCACGGGGAGAAGAAGUGGAAGUGCGAGAAGUGCUCCAAGCGCUACGCCGUGCAGUCCGACUGGAAGGCCCACUCCAAGACCUGCGGCACCAGGGAGUACCGCUGCGACUGCGGUACCCUCUUCUCUCGGUAUGGAUCCUCUCUCUCUCCCUAGCCCAUUACUGUCAAUCGCGGUUUUGUCAUCCCCCCUACGAGUUCGUGAGUUUUGGUGAUAACCGGGUGUUUGUUUCCUUUCGUGGCAUACUGAGGGUUAGGGUUAGGUUUGUUAUUGUUGGACUCCGUGGUGGCAGAGGGUAGGGAAACCCUCGAUCUUAUGAGAGGAGUCAGAGAGAGAAAACGAGGUUCAGUAAGCCCGUGGAACUGCACUCCCGUGAGUUCGCCUUUCAAGUGUAUAUAGCCUACGGAUUUUACAAAUUUCGAAAAAAAGGCAGUCAUCUUUUCAACGUUGGAAUCAACGCCUAGCUCCCCUCGCCUUCGCCCACCCCCCGGCCCUUAAUGUCUCUCUAUUCACGUGCUGCCAUUUGCCCAAGAUUUCAGCAAAUCUUGUUUCUUCUGGUUAGCCAGCCCUGCAACGUGCAGGUCGCUCGGUCCCUGCAGAUAUGGCCUGUCCACACUUGCACGAAAAACUAUGAAAAAUAUGGAGGCUACUCCUAAUAUCUGCCUCUUCCGUCUACAUGGAGCUUCCUUCUCUCUUCAACAAUCGAGGAGAGAAGACCGUGGGAAAGCCAAUAUUCUUGACCAGACAUAGAUAGGGUAUCACCAGUUCUUGCUGGGCUUUGAUAUCUAUGGCGGCAGCUUCCCCCGGAUGGGUAGUUUACAUGAUUUUGGCAAGCUUUUCUUUCACCGGCAUUCAUUCCCCCAGCUCGUUCUGUUUUUUCUUUCAUUUUAUGGAUGAUAUUUCUACGUUAAUGGCUUGCUAGUGGCGCAACUGAUCCAAGGGGGAAAAAACCCUCGGAAGUAUCAGUUGCGCCACUGGCAAGCCAACUGACAUAGAGGGGGAAACCCCAUUCUGUGCUUGAAACCACCGGUGAGUCGUUCCCGGCUUUUCCUUAGAACCAGCUCAGUGGUGGUCUCUCCCUCUUGCUCGCCGUUACCCGAUGACACUUGAUAGUUCUUGAUACUCGGAAAAGAUUGUCACUAUGGAUGAGAGCACUUGGGUCUGAUCGUUUGAAGUCUCCGUUCGGCAAAAAGUCAACGAAGUGCCUGUGAACAGCGACCAAAUCAUUCUUAUCCUAGAAAACGUUGCGAUAUCUGGCUCGACUGACCUUCCAUUGUUUGUAUUCUUCCAGGCGGGACAGCUUCAUCACCCACAGGGCGUUCUGCGAUGCCCUAGCGCAAGAAAGCUCCCGGAUACCUUCUGGAUUGAACACGAUAGGAGGCCACUUGUACGGCGGCGGCAAUGUGGGGCUCGGCAUCUCUCAAGUCAACUCUCAAAUCUCCUCUCUCCAAGACCAGAACCACCUGGCCAGCGCCGACCUCCUCCGCCUUGGGGGUGGCGCCACCGGUGGGGCACCGCAAUUCGACCACCUCAUGUCCUCCUCCAACCAUUCGCCGUUUCGCCCUCCUCAGGCCGGUUCUUCCUCGAGCUUCUUCCUCAGCGGUGGCGCAAGCCAAGACUUCCAAGAAUCUUCCCAGGCCCACCAUUCCUUGCUCCAGAACAAGCCCUUCCAUGGCCUCAUGCAACUCCCAGACCUCCACAGUAACACCACCGCUCCCUCAUCUUCCAUGGCGGCGGCGGCGGCCGCCGCCAACCUGUUCAACCUUAGCUUCUUCACCAAUGGGAACAACACAAGCAGCAUCAACAACAGCAACAACGGGAAUAAUCCCAACGGUCAUCUCUUGUUCUCUGACCACUUCGGCAAUGGGAGCGGCGCUGGGGAGUCGGCAAAUCUCUUCCCCGGGAACCUGAUGGGGAAUCACAUGGAUUCCGGGGUCCCCUCUCUCUAUAACACCUCGGUGCAGCAAGAAGCGGCUCUUCCUCACAUGUCAGCGACCGCGUUGCUUCAGAAGGCGGCCCAGAUGGGAGCAACGACGAGCGGGAACGGAUCUCCCUUGCUGAGGGGAUUCGGGAGUUCCUCGUCUUCCAGCAGCGCCAAACCCACUGGCUUCAAGCCCAACUUCGGUGGCGGCGGAGAAAGCAUGAGAACGCACGUCGAAAACGAGGCCCACCUUCAAAAUCUCAUGAACUCCCUCGCGAACGGCGGUGGAGGCGUGUUUGGUGGCGGCACUGGAGGAGUAGCGGCCGCAGCUGCGGUGACAUUCGGGGGAAGUUGCACCGGUGAAGGUCAUGACGAAGACGGUGGCUUUGGCGGGUUCAACCCGAGCUUAUGCAGCUUGGAUGAAUCUAAACUGCAUAACAAUCUCUCCAUGGGAAGUAUAGGUGGAUCAGACAGGCUCACCAGAGACUUCCUGGGAGUCGGCAGCAUGGUGAGAAGCAUGGGCAGUGGGAUGUCUCAAAGGGAACAACACCAUGGCCUUGACAUCAGUUCUCUGGACUCUGAACUUAAGUCGGCAUCAGCAAGUAGAUCGUACCCUGGUCGGAAUUUAUAA